GCAACAUCUGUUUGGAGCGACACCCGUCAACGGCAUCACUCAGUCACCAGUAGGAGUUUGGGGAUUGAGGGAACUAUUGCCGAAAUGUCGUCCAUACCUCCUCCACCUCCUCCGGGAUGGAGCUCUUCUGCUCCUCCUUCUAUGCCUCUGGGCGCGCCACCAGGUGCGCCACCUCCACCUGGUUAUCGACCUCCUGCCGAUCCCCAAGUUGCAAAAUUCGCCCAGAAGAAGAAGGAAUGGUUAAGGAUGCAAAGGAAUCGAUUUGGGGAGAAGCGAAAGGGAGGCUUCGUCGAAACGCAGAAGGCCGACAUGCCUCCUGAGCAUUUACGAAAGAUCGUCAAGGAUAUAGGAGAUGUUUCGCAGAAGAAGUUCAGCAGCGACAAGCGCAGUUAUCUUGGGGCAUUAAAGUUUAUGCCACAUGCAGUUUUCAAGCUGUUAGAAAACAUGCCCAUGCCAUGGGAGUCGGCGAGGGAGGUGAAAGUUUUAUACCAUGUGAACGGCUGUCUGACCUUGGUUAAUGAGAUCCCGAGAGUCAUCGAGCCAGUCUUCCAUGCACAAUGGGCUACGAUGUGGGUAUGCAUGAGAAGGGAGAAGAGCGAUCGAAGACAUUUCAAACGAAUGCGGUUCCCUCCUUUCGAUGAUGAAGAGCCACCUCUGUCCUGGUCAGAAAAUAUCGAGGACGUUGAGCCGUUAGAGCCAAUCCAGAUGGAGCUGGAUGAAAACGAGGAUGGUGCCGUCAUUGAGUGGUUCUAUGAAAAUCGACCACUUAUUGAUACUCCACAUGUGAACGGUCCAAGUUACAAGGAAUGGAAUCUCACAUUGCCACAGAUGGCGACACUAUAUCGACUCAGUCACCAACUCUUGAGCGAUAUUGUCGACAAAAACUAUUUCCACAUGUUUGACCUAAAUAGUUUUCUCACAGCCAAGGCGCUCAACGUCGCCAUUCCAGGGGGUCCAAGAUUCGAACCCCUUUACAAAGAUGUUGAUCCAAACGAUGAGGACUUCGGAGAAUUCAACGCCAUUGACCGUAUCAUUUUCCGCGCUCCCAUCCGAACCGAAUACCGGGUAGCGUUCCCAUUCCUAUACAACUCUCUUCCACGAAGCGUAAAGCUCUCGUGGUAUUCUUACCCUCAGGUAGUCUACGUCCGUGCCGAAGAUCCAAGUUUGCCCGCGUUCUAUUUCGAUCCUGUUAUCAAUCCCAUAUCCUCAAGGUCGGUUGCACCAAAGAACAUCACAGUCAGCCAUGAGGAUGAGAUAUUUGGAUAUGGAAAUAAUGAAGAACCGGAGGAAGAUGCCUUUGAGCUUCCCCCUGACGUCGAACCUUUCUUGGCGGAUGAAGAGUUAUACACGAGCGAGACUGCCUCUGCUAUUGCGCUUUGGUGGGCACCUUAUCCGUUCGAUCGACGAUCCGGCCGCAUGGUCCGAGCUCAGGACGUUCCACUAGUGAAGCAGUGGUAUCUGGAACAUUGCCCCCAAGGCCAACCCGUCAAAGUCCGAGUUUCGUACCAAAAACUCUUGAAAACCUACGUUUUGAAUGAGUUGCAUAAGAAGAAGCCAAAAGCACAAAACAAGCAGAGUUUGAUGAAGUCAUUGAAACAAACAAAAUUCUUCCAACAAACCUCCAUUGAUUGGGUUGAAGCUGGUCUUCAAGUCUGCCGUCAGGGCUUCAACAUGCUCAACCUUCUUAUCCAUCGCAAGAAUUUGACGUACCUACAUCUCGAUUACAAUUUCAACUUGAAGCCAGUCAAGACCUUGACCACCAAAGAGCGAAAGAAGUCCCGAUUUGGAAAUGCUUUCCACCUCAUGCGUGAGAUUCUCAAGCUUACCAAAUUGAUAGUCGAUGCGCAAGUUCAGUACCGUCUAGGCAACAUUGACGCAUUCCAGCUUGCCGAUGGUAUACUAUAUGCUUUCAACCACGUUGGUCAACUGACGGGAAUGUAUCGAUACAAGUACAAGCUGAUGCACCAGAUUCGAUCAUGCAAAGAUCUAAAGCAUCUGAUUUAUUACCGAUUCAAUUCCGGUCCCGUCGGCAAAGGCCCGGGUUGCGGCUUCUGGGCUCCCGCUUGGAGAGUGUGGUUGUUCUUCAUGCGUGGAAUCAUCCCUCUCUUGGAGCGUUGGCUCGGAAAUCUUCUUUCUCGGCAGUUUGAAGGACGACACAGCAAAGGGGUUGCAAAGACGGUCACGAAGCAACGUGUGGAAUCACACUUUGACCUCGAGCUCCGUGCCUCGGUCAUGGCGGAUUUGAUGGAUAUGAUGCCGGAAGGCAUUAAGCAAAACAAAGUCAACACUGUUUUGCAACAUCUCUCUGAAGCCUGGAGAUGCUGGAAGAGUAAUAUACCUUGGAAGGUGCCAGGAUUGCCAGCACCGAUCGAGAACAUCAUCCUCCGUUACGUCAAGAGCAAGGCAGAUUGGUGGAUUUCUGUGGCCCAUUAUAAUCGUGAGCGCAUUCGAAGAGGAGCAACUGUCGAUAAGACUGUUGCCAAGAAAAAUCUGGGGCGCCUAACUCGACUCUGGCUCAAGGCUGAGCAGGAGAGACAGCACAACUACAUGAAAGACGGCCCUUACGUCUCAUCUGAGGAGGCCGUGGCCAUUUAUACCACAACUGUCCACUGGCUAGAAUCGCGCAAAUUUUCUCCUAUACCAUUUCCUAGCGUUUCCUACAAGCAUGAUACCAAAAUCCUUAUUCUUGCGCUCGAGCGUCUUCGAGAAGCGUACUCUGUCAAAGGCCGACUGAACCAGAGUCAACGAGAAGAGCUUGCUUUAAUUGAGCAAGCAUACGACAGUCCCGGAACCACAUUGGAGAGAAUCAAGCGCUUUUUGCUCACCCAGAGAGCCUUUAAGGAGGUCGGAAUAGACAUGAACGACAAUUACAGCACGAUCAAUCCCGUCUAUGACAUUGAGCCGGUGGAGAAGAUCAGUGAUGCAUACCUUGACCAAUAUCUGUGGUAUCAAGCGGAUCAGCGCCACCUCUUCCCAGCAUGGAUCAAACCAUCUGACUCGGAAGUCCCACCAUUGCUCACCUACAAAUGGGCGCAGGGUAUCAACAACCUAGAAAAGGUUUGGGAAACUGCCGACGGAGAGUGCAAUGUGAUGAUUGAAACUCAAUUGUCCAAAGUCUACGAGAAGAUUGAUCUGACUCUCCUGAAUCGGUUGUUGAGGCUCAUUAUGGAUCACAAUCUUGCGGAUUACAUCUCAUCAAAGAACAAUGUCCAACUCACCUAUAAGGAUAUGAACCACGUUAACAGCUACGGUAUGAUUCGUGGUCUCCAGUUCUCCGCGUUCGUCUUCCAGUACUAUGGUCUUGUCCUUGAUCUCCUGCUAUUGGGCCUACAGCGUGCAAGCGAAAUUGCCGGACCUCCACAAAGCCCCAACGACUUCCUUCAAUUCCGAGACCGUGAGACAGAAACCAAACAUCCUAUCCGAUUAUACACCAGGUACAUUGAUCGCAUUUGGGUGUUCUUCCGGUUCACAGCAGAUGAGUCGCGUGAUCUUAUCCAGCGAUUCCUUACUGAGCAACCAGAUCCCAAUUUCGAAAAUGUCAUUGGCUAUAGAAAUAAGAAAUGCUGGCCAAGAGAUUCACGCAUGCGUCUCAUGAGACACGAUGUCAAUCUCGGCCGCGCAGUCUUCUGGGAUCUUAAGAAUCGUCUGCCCAGAUCUGUGACUACCAUUGAGUGGGACGACACAUUCGCCAGCGUCUACAGUCGAGACAACCCCAAUUUGCUGUUCUCUAUGUGUGGUUUCGAAGUCAGAAUAUUGCCCAAGAUUCGCAAUCAGAACGAUGAAUUCCCGGUCAAGGACAGUGUGUGGUCCUUAGUUGAUAAUACCACGAAGGAAAGAACAGCACAUGCUUUCCUCCAGGUAACCGAGGAAGACAUUGCGAAGUUUAACAACCGCAUCCGCCAAAUUCUUAUGUCUUCUGGAUCCACCACCUUUACAAAGAUCGCAAACAAGUGGAACACUAGUCUCAUCGCACUCUUCACAUACUACCGUGAAGCUGCCGUCUCCACUGUUAAUCUUCUCGACACAAUAGUGAAGUGCGAGACGAAGAUCCAGACCAGAGUCAAAAUUGGCCUCAACUCCAAGAUGCCUUCUCGAUUUCCUCCUGCCGUAUUCUAUACCCCGAAAGAACUUGGUGGUCUUGGUAUGAUCUCCGGAUCACAUAUCCUCAUCCCCACAAGUGAUAAACGCUGGUCUAAACAAACAGAUGUUGGUGUCACCCACUAUCGUGCCGGUAUGACCCACGAUGAAGAUACUUUGAUUCCCAAUAUCUUCAGGUACAUCAUUCCUUGGGAGGCUGAAUUCAUCGAUUCUCAGCGAGUUUGGACAGAGUAUUCCCAGAAACGAGCGGAAGCCACCCAACAGAAUCGUCGACUUACACUCGAAGAUCUGGAAGACAGCUGGGACCGUGGUUUGCCACGUAUCAAUACACUCUUCCAAAAGGACAGAAGCACUUUGAGUUUUGACAAAGGUUUCCGUGCACGUACCGAGUUCAAGACUUAUCAGCUGAUGAAGAGCAACCCAUUCUGGUGGACUAGUCAACGCCACGAUGGAAAAUUGUGGAAUUUGAACGCAUACCGAACUGAUGUGAUUCAAGCACUUGGUGGUGUGGAAACCAUCCUUGAACACACACUAUUCAAAGCCACUGCUUUCCCAUCCUGGGAAGGUCUCUUUUGGGAGAAGGCAUCCGGUUUUGAAGAGUCGAUGAAAUUCAAGAAGUUGACCAACGCCCAAAGAUCUGGUCUCAACCAGAUUCCAAAUCGGCGUUUCACUCUCUGGUGGUCCCCCACCAUCAAUAGAGCAAAUGUCUACGUCGGUUUCCAAGUCCAAUUGGAUUUGACCGGUAUCUUUUUGCACGGUAAAAUUCCAACUCUUAAGAUCUCACUCAUCCAGAUCUUCCGGGCCCAUUUGUGGCAGAAGAUCCACGAGUCAGUUGUCAUGGAUUUGUGUCAAGUGUUUGAUCAGGAAUUGGAGCAACUAGGUAUUGAGACUGUACAAAAGGAGACUAUCCAUCCGAGAAAGUCAUAUAAGAUGAACAGUUCUUGCGCAGACAUUCUGUUGUUCGCAAGUCACAAGUGGAACGUCACCCGACCAUCAAUCCUGUUCGACACUAAGGACGUGAUUGAGCCAACAACUACCAACAAAUUCUGGGUAGAUGUCCAGCUUCGAUAUGGUGACUACGACUCUCACGACAUCGAAAGAUAUGUACGCGCGAAAUACCUCGACUAUACGACCGACAGCAUGAGUAUCUAUCCUUCCGCCACAGGUCUCAUGAUUGGUAUUGACCUUGCUUACAAUCUUUAUUCCGCGUAUGGUCAAUAUUUCCCAGGUCUGAAGACACUUAUUCAACAAGCUAUGGCAAAGAUCAUGAAGGCGAACCCGGCACUAUACGUCCUCCGAGAGCGUAUUCGCAAAGGUCUUCAGCUGUAUGCUUCGGAGAGCAACCAAGAGUUCCUCAACUCUCAAAACUACUCCGAGCUCUUCAGCAACCAGAUUCAGCUCUUUAUCGAUGACACGAAUGUGUACCGUGUGACAAUUCACAAGACUUUUGAGGGCAAUUUGACGACUAAGCCCAUCAACGGCGCCAUCUUCAUCUUCAAUCCGCGUACAGGUCAGCUCUUCCUGAAGAUCAUCCACACUAGUGUGUGGGCUGGUCAGAAGCGUCUCGGACAAUUGGCAAAAUGGAAGACUGCCGAAGAAGUGGCUGCACUCAUUCGAUCUUUGCCCAUCGAAGAGCAGCCAAAACAAUUGAUUGUCACUCGGAAAGGUCUUCUCGAUCCUCUCGAGGUGCAUUUGCUUGAUUUCCCCAACAUAUCGAUUCGCGCGUCUGAACUCCAGUUGCCUUUCCAAGCAGCGAUGAAGGUUGAGAAACUCGGUGACAUGAUCCUUCGAGCUACCGAGCCACAGAUGGUGCUUUUCAAUCUCUAUGAUGAGUGGUUGAAGAGUAUCUCAUCUUAUACGGCGUUCUCCCGUCUUAUAUUGAUUCUUCGAGCUCUGCACGUGAAUCCGGAUAAGACUAAACUCCUCUUGAGACCUGAUAAGACCGUUAUCACUCAAGAACAUCACAUCUGGCCCACAUUAUCCGAUGAGGAUUGGAUCAAGGUUGAGACGCAAUUACGAGACCUCAUUUUGAAUGAUUAUGGCAAGAAGAAUAAUGUGAACACCUCGAGUUUGACGAGCAGCGAAGUUCGAGAUAUCAUUCUGGGCAUGGAGAUCAGCGCCCCAUCGAUGCAACGUCAGCAAGCUGCUGAAAUCGAAAAACAGCAGCAGGAGCAGCAGCAGCUCACAGCUGUAACAACGAAAACCCAGAAUGUUCAUGGGGAAGACAUCAUUGUGACCACAACCUCGCAAUUUGAACAGCAGACGUUUGCAUCGAAGACCGAGUGGAGAACCAGAGCAAUUGCAACAUCCAACCUUCGAACUCGGGCCAACAACAUUUAUAUUUCGUCUGAUGAUAUCAAGGAAGACGACCAUUACACUUACAUCAUGCCAAAGAACAUUUUGAAGCGUUUCAUCACCAUCGCCGAUCUCCGGGUGCAGGUGGCAGGAUACCUCUAUGGCUCGUCCCCUCCGGAUAAUGAUCAGGUCAAGGAAAUUCGUUGUAUAGUCAUGGUCCCCCAGAUCGGUAACACACGCGACGUUCAGCUGCCACAGCAAUUACCACAGCAUGAAACCCUGGAGCAGAUGGAACCACUUGGAAUUAUCCACACAAUCUCUGGCAACGAGCCUCCGUACAUGACCGCCAUGGAUGUCACACAGCAUGCUCGUCUUAUGAAUGCGCACAAGUCAUGGGACAAGAAGACAGUCAGCAUGACUGUUUCCUUCACGCCUGGCAGUGUCUCACUAGCAUCAUGGGCCCUGACGCCUCAAGGAUAUAAAUGGGGUGUAGAGAAUAAGGACAUGGGAAGCGAUCAGCCCCAAGGGUUUACCACAAAUAUGGGGGAGAAGUGCCAGCUUCUACUCAGUGACAAGAUAAGAGGAUUCUUCUUGGUCCCGGAGAACAACUCCUGGAACUAUAGCUUCAUGGGCAGCUCAUUCGGGUCAAUCGAGAAGAAGCCGGUGCACGUGAAGAUCGACACGCCGCUACCGUUCUACAGCGACCAACAUCGACCUCUAACAUGGCCUGGCAAGAGCAGGUCGCCUUGUGCUUCUGCUGCUGCUCGCCUCGAGAUCCGCUGCUUGGCCCUGGAGAUCCUUCAUGCCUUGAUCGUAAAUGUACGGACGACCUCCACACCUUCGGAAACAACUGUGGCGACACUACCGGCAUCAUAA